GGUUGAUCUUGACGGACUCCUCCACGGACCGUCUCUCCAGGGCGGGGCUCACUCUCCAGCGCCACUGAAUUGGGCUACAACCGGCCGCGGAGGGGAACUUACGCCGGGUCGAUCCAUGGAGGAGAGUGGGAAUGUCCUGGCCGUAGGUGGGGAGCUAAGAACCGGACCUUUCGGAGCCGUCGUCAACAGCGACCGGCGUGACUGAGAGUAAGCCGAGUUUGACACCACAGCGCCGGGCUCGUGCCUUCACAACAUCGGCGGAGAGACGCGCGUAUAUCCCUGCGCCGCCGGACUGAAUUAUGUGACAAGUCUGAGGAGGACUGGGCUGUUUGAAUUCUAUCGUCGCUGCUGGGGGACCAUCGGAGCUGGUUGGUUUAAGGCUGGCAGGCCUGGGGUGGGACAGAGAACAUGGCUGAACUGAGGCGGGAGAGCACCAGCAGCCUGCAGAGGAAAAAGCCUCCAUGGCUGCGACUGGACAUUCCCACGGCUCAGAUGUCCCUCGAUGAGCCUCCCACUUUCGUUCAGCCGGUGAAGAGGCAGGGCUUCCUCCGCAGCAUCAGCAUGCCUGUGGAGACCACUCAUCUCCAGUCCCCGCCCCGAGACUUCUUCGACACCCGGCGGCCUGUCUUACAACGCCAGUCGUCCAUCACUCAGACCAUAAAGAGCAGCAGGAGGGUUCACUUUGAGCGGAUUAACACGGUGCCCAUUAAGGGCCAGCGCGCUGCCCGCCGCGGCACCAGGAAGCACCACUCCCUCUCCAGAACCCUGCUCAGGGGAACUGCGGAUUGGUUUGGCGUCAGUAAGGACAGUGAUGCGACGCAGAAAUGGCAGAGGAAGAGCCUUCGCCACUGCAGCCUGCGCUACGGGAAGCUGAAGCCUCAGGUGAUCCGAGAGAUGGACCUGCCCAGCCAGGACAACAUCUCCUUGACCAGCACAGAGACGCCGCCUCCUCUCUACGUGCCGUCAUCUCAGCAUGGCAUGCAGAAGAUUGUGGAUCCACUAGCACGAGGACGAGCUUUUCGUAUGGUGGAGGAAGUGGAUGGUUACAGUGUACCUCAGACCCCUAUCACCCCUGGUGCCGCCUCGCUUUGCUCCUUCACCAGCUCUCGCUCAGGCCUUAACCGACUGCCUCGCCGGCGAAAGAGAGAAUCUGUGGCUAAGAUGAGCUUCCGGGCAGCCGCCGCUCUGGUCAAAGGUCGCUCUAUACGGGACAGCACCUUAAGACGCACUCAUCGCCGCAGUUUUACCCCCGCCAGCUUCAUGGAGGAGGAUGUGGUGGACUUCCCAGAUGAAUUGGACACGUCUUUCUUCGCCAGGGAUAUCAUGAUGCACGAGGAGUUGUCCACGUAUGCCGACGAGGUCUUCGAGUCACCCUCGGAGGCCGCCAUGAAAGAGGCCGACCCCGCGGCCGGGAAGGAUGAGAUGGAGCUGACCGGCAGCGCUCUGGAUAAAACAGUGCUGGAGAGAAGUCACCUCAUGCUACCUCUUGAGAGAGGCUGGAGGAAAGCCAAAGAAGGAACUCCAGGGCCACCAAAGGUUCCCCUGCGUCAGGAAGUUGUGAGUGUGAACGGACAGCGACGUGGCCAGAGGAUCGUGGUACCAGUCAAGAAGCUAUUUGCCCGAGAGAAGAGGCCGUACGGGCUGGGGAUGGUUGGCAAACUCACAAACCGCACCUACCGCAAGAGAAUCGACAGCUACGUGAAGCGUCAGAUAGAAGACAUGGACGACCACAGGCCUUUUUUCACGUACUGGAUCACCUUCGUCCACCUGCUCAUCACCAUCUUGGCGGUGUGCAUCUACGGGAUCGCUCCAGUGGGUUUCUCCCAGCACGAGACGGUUGAUUCUGUUUUAAGAAACAAAGGAGUAUAUGAAAAUGUCAAGUUUGUACAGCAAGAGAACUUCUGGAUUGGGCCAAGCUCAGAAUCUCUGAUCCACUUGGGGGCCAAAUUCUCGCCAUGCAUGCGUCAAGACAAACAAGUGCAUGAGUUCAUCAUGAAAAAAAGAGCCAUUGAACGCAACUCAGCCUGCUGCGUGCGCAACGAUCGCUCCGGCUGCGUCCAGACCUCAGAGGAGGAAUGCUCGAGCACUCUGGCCGUGUGGGUGAAGUGGCCCAAGCAUUCCAGCACUCCACUGCUGAACGGGAAACCCAGGCAGUACGGGUCGGUGUGUCGCCAAGACCCGAGGAUUUGUCUGGAGCCCGCCUCGGUACCACCUCAUGAAUGGCCUGAUGACAUCACCAAGUGGCCCGUUUGCACCAGGUACACCACAGGAAACCACACCAACCUGCCUCACAUCGACUGCGCCAUCACAGGACGACCCUGCUGCAUCGGCACCAAAGGGAGGUGUGAAAUCACUUCCCGGGAGUAUUGUGAUUUCAUGAAGGGCUACUUUCACGGCGAAGCAACUCUCUGCUCCCAGGUACACUGCAUGGAUGAUGUGUGCGGACUGCUGCCUUUUCUCAACCCUGAGAUCCCAGAUCAGUUUUAUCGACUCUGGCUGUCACUGUUCCUCCAUGCUGGAAUCCUCCACUGCCUGGUCUCGGUGGCUUUCCAGAUGACCAUCCUGAGAGACCUGGAGAAGCUGGCGGGGUGGCUACGCAUCUCCAUCAUUUACAUCCUCAGUGGCAUCACUGGCAACUUAGCGUCUGCCAUCUUCCUGCCCUACAGAGCUGAGGUGGGUCCAGCUGGCUCUCAAUUCGGGAUCCUGGCCUGUUUGUUCGUGGAGUUGUUCCAGAGCUGGCAGAUCCUGGCGCAGCCAUGGCGAGCCUUCACCAAGCUGCUGUGCGUGGUGCUAUUCCUCUUUGCCUUCGGGCUCCUGCCUUGGAUCGACAACUUCGCUCACAUCUGUGGCUUCAUUUCCGGCUUUUUCCUGUCCUUCGCCUUCCUACCGUACAUCAGCUUCGGCCGGAUGGACAUGUACCGCAAGCGCUGUCAGAUCAUCAUCUUCCUGCUGGUGUUUCUUGGGUUAUUCUCGGGCUUAGUGGUGCUCUUCUAUGUUUACCCCAUCAAGUGCGACUGGUGCGAGUUGCUCACCUGCAUCCCGUUCACGGACAAAUUCUGUGAAAAGUAUGACCUCAACGCUCACCUCCACUGAGGGGUGAGGUACGGAGGUGUGGACUGAGAUGUCAGCCAUGUUGUGUGUCCAUUCUUCCCUGUGUGCGUCUCCAUCUCUGUGAAAAAUGAAUGUUUUUCUUUUCUUUUUUUUUCUACUUUGUAUGUGCAAGUCAUCCCUCGAUCGCUGUUCUGUUCAUUGUGCCUGUUCAGAGCGCUGACAUACAUUCUGCGCUGUCAGUUAUGAGAUGAUAUUUUGGAGUGUCUUUGCUUUAACAUUUGUCAUUGAGCACUUCAACUGUUUUAUCCGUAGAAAUAUGGCUCAGGCUGUUUGUCUGCGCUCUGCACAGACUCGCUGUCAGUCGUCCAGUGAACCAAAGGUAUGGCACUUGUCAAAGCUCCCCGCUGCUCCUCACUCUCCCACACAGUCAGCCAGCGAUGGUACACAGGAAAGAAUUUCUUUUUUCUUUUUUUUUUUUUUUUUUUUACAAUCGUGCAUCAAAGACAGAUUUUAUUAAUAUUCAGGCAACCUCACAGAAGCAGGGACUUUAAAAGAAAAUCAGAUAUUAAUACCUUUGGUGCCUUGUUUGUAAAUGUAACAACUACUGCCAUAUUUUUGUUACAUUAUGCUGAGCACUCCGAUGUUAUCUUUUAUUUUGUUAAUGGCUUCUCAAGAAGUGAAGAUUGUUUUUGAACCUGGUAGUGUUUUAACUACCUGUCUAUUCACAUGUAACUGAGAACAACAGUAAAAAAUGUAGACAAAA